AUGUCUGACGAUAUGUUCUAUUGCUCCUUUGUAAGUAUUCACUAUAUAAUCUGUGAAUGCGGUGAAACCUUCCCAAACGAGGAUGAAUUGAAAAAUCAUUUGGAACGCGAUCAUGCCAUGAAAAAGGAGAAAAAAGAAAUUAAAUGCGGCGUCUGUGAUGCUCUGUUCAGUACGGAGGAAGCGUGCAUCGAGCACUGUGAGAGCACCCACAUUGAGAUUAAACAGGAGCAUGACUAUGAUGAGUAUGUGGUGGAGGAGACACACGAGGAAGACCUUGAAGGGCCCACCGAGAUAAUAUAUGAAGAAAUAAUAGAGGAGCCUGAACCUCCGAAGCCAAAAAUAAGAAUUAAGAAGGAACGGAAACCAAAAUCUCACUACAAUGCCAAGAAUAUUGUCUGCGAGGUGUGCGGGAAGAGAUAUGCCUCUAACGCGGCGUUGAGGUACCACCAGCGAGUACAUACUGGAGAACGUCCAUACAAAUGUACGCAAUGCUCUAAAAGCUUCACCAUGCCGCUGUUCCUACAGAUUCACACUCGCACCCACACUGGUGAGCGUCCCUAUGAGUGUCCACUGUGCCCUAAAGCAUUCAGCAACAAGGCAGCGCUACUGAGACAUGAUCGGGUGCACACAGGGAUUAAACCGUAUGAGUGUCAGGAAUGUGGAAAGUUCUUCACACAGUCGAACUCCUUAAAGUUGCAUAUAAAUACUGUACAUUUGAAGAUGCCCGCGCCAUAUAAGAGCAAGUCGAGAAGAAAUAAAGCUAAAGAGAGAGAGAUGUUGCGGGCGGCCAUCUUGAGAGUCAUGGACAACGAAGACAAUACUGCAGUGCAAACGAUAAGUGAAUCGAACGAGAUGCCGAUACAACAAGACGAACACUUUAUCACGCCUGAAGUAUAUACUAUAAAACCAGAACAAAUUGAAGAAUCAGAAAUCUUAUAUGAAGACGUAGAUUCAAGAGAGAUUACUUAUGAAGUUGUGUAUGAACAGUAA